AUGGCUGCAGAGAUGUUUCAACACUACGCGCGCUGGUCGUGCCCUAUGCAGGCGGCGCCUCCCUCUGGGACCUUUUUUCGACCGCCAGAAGUGCUGGAGGUUCUUUCGGUGGAGACAGUGGCGACGGGCUUCAACAACCUCACCCACAAGGUGCGGGUGACCUUAGCCGGGGAUGGAGAAAAGAUCGAUGGACCGCGCGAGGCCGCGUUUGCCGUGCGCCUGACCAACGCCAAGUCUUGGCCCAGGGCGAAGAUCGAGGCGGAGGUGGCGGCCAUUGUUUUCGUGGGCACGAGGUGCCCGGAGGUGCCUGUGCCGAACAUCCGCUUCUUCAACUGCGAGGAGUGCCCCAUCCUUCGCGCUCGCUUCAUGGUGGCGGACUGGGUGGAAGGCAUCAUGGCGCACGACGUGUGGGGCUCCCUAUCGACCGAGGAGGCGUGCCAACUUCAGCGGGAGGCCUUGGGCCUAAUGGCCUCCCUGCAGGAGAUUGCGCAGCUUCCUGGCAUCGGCAUUUUGUCCCUGGCGGAGGUCCUCAAGCUUUCGGCCGAGCAGGAGGUUCCGCCGCAGGCCCUGGUGCCCCUCUUCGACUUCAAGGGCGGCCAGGGCGCGGCUCGGGUCUUCGAGAGCUGCCGGGCCUACUACCUGGAGCUCACCUCCAGCAGUCUGGACUUCGUGCGGCGUUUGCCGGGCGACGUGGCCUAUGUUGAGUCUGGCGAGGUGCUGCGAAGGUUCAAGGCUCAGGUGGAGCCUUUGUUCCCCAAGGUGCUGUGGCUCUCAGAGCACCUCACGACCGGCGAGGAGUGCCCAGUCGCCUUCACCCAUGGGGACUUGAACGGGCGCAACAUCAUUAUCUCUGAGAAGCCAGCCGAGGGGCGCCGGAUUCGGUGUUUGCUGGACUGGGAGUGGGGCUCCUCCAUGCCUGCCAUCCACGAGUGGCUCCUCGCCUUUGACGACCUUCCUGUAGAAGAUGCCAAGGGCGUCCCACCCUUCGCGGAAGGGGAGGUUCCUCUGCGCUUCGGCCGGCGGCACGCCGCCUUCGAGCGGUUUCGCGACCUGGCGGACCUGGUGGACAAGGUGGCGCCCUGGGAACUGAAUGUGGACGGCUUCCUGAAAGAGGAGAUGGUUGUCGAUGCCGUGUCCGCGGUGGAGGCUGCGGUGCGGAAGUACAGGUUCCUCUACGGCUUCAUCAACUUGGCGCGGAAGUCCUAUGGAAGUGUCUGCGCGGAAUGA